GUUCGCUCGAAGGAGGGGGGAAAUCGAACGACGACGACGGCGACACAUGACGUCCAAGACCUGCCGCGUGCCGGGGUGUCCACGGUUUGCGCAGUGCGCAGGACUCUGCAUCGGCCACGGAGGUGGCAAGGCAUGCAAGAUUGAAGGCUGCUCGUCCACGGCCCAAGGCAUGGGCUUGUGUUCAAAGCACGGAGGCAAGGCGCUCUGCAGCGUCAAGAACUGCCACAACAAGCGCGUGUUCCGCGGUGUGUGUAAAGCACACGGCGGCAGUCGCAUAUGCACGUCCCCGGGCUGCACGAACAAGGAUGUUGGGAAGGGUUUGUGCGUGACCCACGGCGGCGGGACCAAAUGCGGCAUGAUGAACUGCGAAAAAGUGGAGCGCGGCGGUGGGUAUUGCAAGGCCCAUGGCGGUGGUAAGAAGUGUACGCUCAUCGGUUGCACGUCGUGGGCACCGAAUGGAGGGCUGUGUCCCGUGCACAAGAAUCCGCCGCCUGCUGCGAUCCUGCCAGACCCGUCGCCGACAUGCAAGACUCCCGGGUGCACCAAAGUAGAUGCUGGCAGUGGCAUGUGCAAGGCCCAUGGCGGUCGAAAGGAAUGCAUUGUCGACGGAUGCACAAAGACUCAACAGGCCAAGAAACGGUGUCGGGAACACGGCGGCAGUCGGCUGUGCGAAGAAGAAGGCUGCAACAAGACCGCGCAGUACAAAAAGCUGUGCAAGGCGCACGGUGGCCGCAAGCAAUGCAUCAUUGACGGCUGUGAGAACGUCGUUAAGACCCGGGGGUACUGCAUCCGCCAUGGCGGCGGUACCAAAUGCAAGACGGCGGGGUGCGAAGGCAUCGAUCGCGGCGGUGGCCAUUGCAAAGCCCACGGCGGCGGCAAAAAAUGUGGGUGGCAGGGCUGCUUUGUGUGGGUCAUGGGUGGCGGCAUGUGUCCCAGUCACGAGCACCAUCAUCCGAGUCACGCGGCCGCGGUGCUUGGGCUCACACCAGACGACGUCGUCGCAGCCAACCACCCAAACGUUGUGGGGCACGCUGGCGACCUUGUGAACCAUUACACCCAGCCGUAUGGUCACCAUCCAGGGGCUAUGGCGGGCCAGCCGACCCCGAUGCCCCAGGCAGUGCCGAUGCAGCAGCAGACUCAACAACCGCAGCAAUACCACCCGUCCCAAGCCACGUCGUUCCCCCAUUACCAGCAACUACAGCAACAAUAUCGGUCCCAUCAAGCCGCUGCAGCUGCCGCCGCCGUCGCUGUCCACCAACACCAGCAACAGCAACAAAUGCAAUACGGAAGUCACCCCGAACUGCUCGAACUGCGAAGGCGACUGUUCGGCUACCCCGAAGGCGAUUACCAGUACCAGAUUUAGUAACAGUAGCAUAUGCGUAUAUGUCUCGUGGAAGCAAAAAUAUGGCGCGAUAUCAACUAUAUUCAAUGGUAUUGUAUUACUACUGUACUACA